GUUCGUCAUUGCGCAGCUGAGCAGGAGCAGAGACAGGUCCGUUCGUGGUUCUCGACCCGAGGCCGGAUGGUAAAAUCCAACCUCCAGCGAAUCCUAAAUAGUCAUUGUUUUGCUCGUGAAAAAGAAGGAAAAAAACAGCCCAUUGCUACCAUGGCCGAUCUUAGUAAUAAUAUCUGUGACAUGAUUGGGAACCUCUCCCUGCACUUUAGUAGUACCCGUGGCCCAGGGCCUCUGUGGUGCUCCGAUGCCCCUCUCCCACCCCUGAAGAUCCCAGGUGGGCGAGGGAAUGGCAUUUGGGAUCACACUCCUUCAGCUCAGCCACUCUACUCAGAUCGAAAGUUGACUGUCACUGAGGAGCCAGCAGGGAGCGGUCGCCCAAGGAUACUGCACUUCCAAAGUCGACCUAUUGUUACUAAGACAAUACAGUGGGAUGCUGUCCUGAGCAGCAGUGCACUCUAUGUGGAGAUUCCUCUUGACCCUCUUCCUGAAGGCAGCAAGGAGAGUUUUGCGGCUCUCCUGGAGUACGCUGAAGAACAUCUGAAAGUCAUUAGCGUGUUUGUCUGCUUUUACAAGAAUAGAGAUGAUCGUGCUAAACUUGUGCGUACCUUCAGUUUUCUUGGCUUUGAGAUUGUGAAACCAGGCCAUGCCCUUGUCCCACCUCGACCUGAUGUUUUUUUCAUGGCCUACAGCUUUGACAGGGACUCCUCGGAUGAAGAGUAACUGAUUGGAUGUCGAGUCCUGGUCACACACUUAUUCAAUUUUUCCUCAUCUCAGCUCUUUUCAGAGUACUCAAUGUUUUUUGGCACUAUUUUUCUGUUUGGCAUUUAAUUCCUGAGUUUGUCUUCAAGGGAAAACUUGGUGUUCUGUUAAUCCAUUUGCCCUUCUGUUUUAUUAUAACUUAAUCAUUAAAGAACCUUUGUCGUCA